UGUGUGUGUGUGUGUGUGGACACAGUUACGGAGAAGAGCUGGUUAGACAAGUCCUUGUCGGAAACUUGGGUUGGGACAAAUUCAGCUGUAAAUAAAGCGUUUUGUACACAGCAGACAGACAGACUGGGAACCAGGGGUAGUUUUUACGCUUCCUGUUUCUCUCUGUCUCUUACUGCUGUUCAGUUAUUCCGAGCUUCACUCACCAAUCAUUUAUCUCCAGCGCCGUCCUCUGGAUUACACCUCCGCAUGGACUGAAACAGUUCUUUUCAACCUCAAGUACACUUUCUGUUUGUUUGUUUGUUUGUGUGUUUGUUUUUGUUUUUUAAUGUGGCAAAAGUUUGAAAACUGGACUUUUCCCGUCAAAUGACGUGGACUAGCACCAUGAGCAGUGGUUACAGUAGUUUGGAAGAAGACUGUGAGGAGUAUUUUUUCACCGCCAGGACUUCCUUUUUUAAGAAGCCUUCAGGGAAACUCGCAGAUCCUAAGGAUGCUGAGAAGGAGAAAGACCUCCAGACUCAUCUCAGUUAUGAGGAGAUCAGGCACAAGAUCGACUUGUAUAACGCAGCCACACGAGACCACUUUAAAAUGACACUGAAUCCCGACGGCUUGUACACAGGCUUCAUAAUGGUGCAGCUGGAGCUGCGGCGGCCCAUCACUGUGACGGGAAGCGUAGCGGGGAUGAAGGAAGGGGAAGCCUUUUAUUUACCGUGCGGUGCUGUAAACACUCUGCACAUCAGUAGCUCCAACACGGUACAGCAGGUGAUCGAGGCUCUGCUGAACAAGUUCACCGUGGCCGACAACCCAGCCAAGUUCGCCCUGUACAAACGCUUCUGCCGCGAGGACCACGUGUGUGUAUGUAAGCUGUCAGAGGGAGAGCACCCUCUGUUCCUGCGUCUGCUGGCUGGGCCGAACCUGGACACACUCAGCUUUGUCCUCAGAGAGCAGCAGACAGGAGAAGUCAUGUGGGACGCUUUCUCCAUCCCCGAGCUGCACAACUUCCUUCGCAUCCUGGAUAAGGAGGAACAGGACCAGGUCCGUGUGAUAACGGCACGCUACAACAUCUACCGAGAGAAGCUGGAGGAGGCAAUCCAAGCGACUAGCAGCCAUAAUUAACCACACACAUACACAGAGAGAGAGAGCGUGUGGACUGGUGCCUCAGGAGUGAGGUGACACAUCUCUCUCAGGAACUCUGACCUCCAGAGAACUUUAUGUGCACCAUGCUUUUCCAGAGUGCCAUACUCCCAUCUCACACACACACACUUCUUUUUUUUCUUUUCUUUUCUUUUUCUCCCCUGUUCAGUUACCUCUUGAACUUGUGAAUGAUGCAAGCUUAAGAAUCUGUUUUGUUUGAUUAUUUUAUUUAAUUGAUAGAUACUGUGGUUUGUACAUAUUGUUGUUUGUAAUUUAUGUGGGGAAGCUUUGUUCUUUUUGUUUUUUUUUAAAAUCUAUAUUGUAAGAGUCUUAUUUUAUUUUUAAGAGUCAUAGCAACAAUCCAAAACGAAUGAGUAGAGAGAACGGCAGUGACAGUCGGCACUGCUGACCUGCAUGUUUCAUUUACCGAAGAAUAAGUAAACUUGACCUUGUUCAGAUGGAAGUAGAGGUGAUACCGAUUUACCGGAUGGUCUAAGUCUGCAUAAAAUGGUUCUGUUUUAAGUUGGGCCGGUUCUACGUCAGCACUGUGAGGCACGGAGACGAGCUGCAGUACCAGUGUUUGUAUUACCAGACCUGUUGAAUGACUCUUCCUAACAGGAGCCCGGACAAACUGACAGUGCAUUUGCAAGUCAAGAAGGAGUUUAGUGUUGGGAAUCCAGAUGGAAAGCACGAUAUGUAGAAAUGUGAUCAUAAAGGAUGAAGAAGGAAGACAGGAUGUACGAAACUCCCAGUGAGAGGCGUGAGAAUGGAGAACGAGCGAUCGUUAUGUUGGUUUUAAAGCUAAGUUAGUUCAGAGCCUGAUGAAAAGGCUUCCGAGCUCCUAGAAGUAGGGCUAAGUUGUCACGGAGCAGAAGCAAUUGCAGGAAGUUGACAUGUGGAGAUAGAGGAAGUUGAAAUGCAUUUAGAGGAACUGUAAUGUGCUGGUCUGGGAAUAAACUUAAUGAAUGCAGGUCCAGUGUUCACGCUGACCUCAAGGGCUUGACUUGUCUUUGUUCGUGCCAAAUGUCUGUUUAAAACUGCGGGGUGAUUAUGUAUAAUAACCUCCCGUUAUCAGAUGAGCAACAGAAGAAAGAACAAGACGUGGGCUGUAUAUGCCUGUGGUCUUAGGGGAAGGGAUGUACCACUUGUCGAGCUCUAAACUAAGUGAGGAUUAAAGAUGCAUGUUGGAGGAUGCUCUCGCUUUGCCAAGCUGUAGGCUAAGCGUCUGUAUCAUGUUUCAGCUGCAGCUGUUCAAGACAUCUCUGAUUGAUACUGUAAAUCUGUGGGGGGUUUUUUUGGGUAAGAUGAUCACGUAUUCCACCACCGAAUGGAAGUCUUGAUAGUAUACAUAACAGAAGUGACAAUCUGCGCAGAGGGUUUGCGUUAUAUAUCUUUAUCUCUCUUUUAGACGCUGUUAAACGUACUGUAGUUCAUUCUAUGCAGAAAUCAGCAGAAAUGUGUCUUAAAGAGCAAUCUGUCAGCAGGCUGUGCUACUUUUGUCUCGGUGAACAUUUACACCAAAGUUUUUUUUUUAAUGAUACUUGUGUAUCAGUGGUUGAUUUUUUUUUAUUAUAUAUUUAUAUAUAAAUAUAUACCUAUGCAUAUUUUAUUAGAACAUGUUUCUGCUAGUACUCUGCAUGAUGGUUUUCUGAAUACGUUAUAUUGUGCUGCAGUGUCCGUUCAUGCAUUGAUUUAGUGGUGAUGUGGGGACAUCUUCUGGCCAUCUGCUGUAAUAGCACCUUUACUUCACAGGCCUUUUGUUCAUGUUGUUUGUUUUUUUUUCUUUCUUAAGUGAAAUUUUGUUUUGUUUAUUUUUAUAACCAAUGAUACAGUGUAAAACUGCAUAUUUAAUUUAAAUCUAGAGAAUUUAGUGCCUGCUGCACUCACAGAGCUUGUAUUACUCUAUAUGUAGCCUGUGGGGUCAUGUCACCAUGGCAACACUUACUCCUAAACACUGGGUUAAAUAUAUUUUAGAAUCAAAUGUUUCAUCGUGGCAGGAGUCUUUCAUCAGGGAGAUGCUGAUGAUUAGCAGUGCGGAGGAGCUAUUAUUCUGGUGUGAUUAGGUUCAAACUGACAAUUACGCAGGGCUCCUGUAAUGUCAGUAGUAGUAGAUACUAAGCCAUUUUUGGGCACUUUACAUUGUAAUUCAGGGAAGAGUUUUUAUUUUUUGUCAGCUUUGGAUGCUUUUUUAUUUUUAAUCCUUUUUUUAUUUUUUAUAAAUCUUCCUUUACUAUAUAACAGUAACUCUAUAUUUUAUUCCGUGAAAGCAUACGUGUGUCCCAUGGAAGCUUCUUCUCUGAAGUUGAUUUAGAAAGAGAAAGCUUCAGUAGUUCAGUAGUUUAUAGUGCAAUACUGUGAAUGUUCCAGCUGUCCAACUGCAUCACAUUUUAUUAACUUUUUUUCAAAAUCUCCACUAAACGCUAUGAGUAUGUGUAGUACUACUAAAGGAAUUUCCUGUAUAAAUGCAUGCAUUAUAUUAAUCCAUGCAUAUCGGUUCUGGCUGUGAAGGACAUCACUAGACAGUGUUGCAGCGCAUGACAGUUGAUUAUCGAGAACGACGCUCUUGAUUUAUAAACUUUUCAUUUGCUAAACCAAGAUUUAAGAUAAAGAAAUUUCAGUACCUUUUUUGCAAUGUUUGCAGGUCUGCCUUGUAUAAGUCAAACAUUUAAAGUCUACUUUUCACUGCAUUUAAGGGAAUGUUGGAGGAAUUUGAACAUAAUUUCCACUGGUCAUUUCAGGAUUUAACCAAGCUACCAAAGCUAAAUCUGAUCAUACAUAUUAAAUGAACACAUCAGAGAUGUUUUAAGGUUUCUUAGGCUACUGUUAAUGAAAACGGCUCCGAGACAUCAGCGCUGCGAAGUGGUCUGUGCCAAAUGCAUAAUGUUAUAAUAAAGAUGUCGUAUUUGUGA